CCAGCGAUUCGAGGCAGGGUUGUGAGGCGGUGUCACUAAAAUGCCUUAUUUGUGUGGCGUCCUGCUGUGUUCUUUACUCCCUAAUGUAGCACAAGUAGACUUUAUAUUUCACAAUUAUUGUUUUCUGUCAGAUCGUUUAUAAAUCUCGACAUUUUCGACCGCACAUGAAAGAAGCUUCAUUCACGGAAAAGACAAGAGACGGCAGGGACUGUGCUUUGUGCUGGAUCUUGUGCAGGAAACAGUCAGCUGUUGUAGAAACUCCUGGUCAGAUACUAGAAUUUGGCCCACCCAUGAGAGAGAGACAUCAUGGCUUUCAAACGAAAAAAGUGGUAGAAACACCUCCGCAAUGGAAGCCAAGUGGACGUCAUACACUGAGCAUCAGCGCAAGAGAUAAAAGGCAGCGGUCAUAUUUGAGUUUAACUGCUGUGCUGAUUAUGGAUGAUUUGCAAAGAGAGCUGGUGCCUCUUGAAGACUUGGAUGAUGACAGCGAUUCCUCGGACGGCAACUCUUCAAAAGGAUCGAAAAAAUCUAAGCUCCCUCUGGUUAAUCCCAUGUGUGCAGAGACUCCAAAGGAAACUGGGUUUCACCAGAGUACCAGAGUCUGUCUGGAGCAGAUCAGAGAAGCCCUGCUGCAUCACAGAUGGCAAGAGGCAGCAGAAUAUAUGGCAUGUUACCCACAAAUGUUAGAAGACCCAACCAAUGGCACAGGUCAGCCGUAUAAAGAGCUUAUUUGGAGAAUCAGCACAGAGAUCCUUCACCAUCACCCCAACUCAAAGAUGGAGGACUACAACAACAUCUAUGAACGAAUGAAACACUCAGGAGUUAGACAUUACCUGAUGAUCUGUCUGGAACAUUCAUUCCACCUGCUGCUUAAUGGUCACAUCGAGGAUGCAAAGCGUCAGCUGUCUGUCGCUGAAAGUUGGAGGCAUGGGAAGGAGUCAGCAGCUCAGUACCAGAGGAUUAAACUGAUCCACGCCUACAGGAGUUUACUGGAUUAUAUCAUCUGGUGUGACAAAAAGUUCACACACUCCAACACUGAGUUUCCUGACUCUGGUGACAACCAAGACAUGCACAACUACUUCAGACAGGCCUCUGUGAACCUGAAGGAGAUUUUGAAAAAUCCUGGCGUCUGGGAUCCCUUCAUACUGAGUUACGUUGAGAUGCUGGAGUUCUAUGAGGAUCACGAGGAGGCUUUGAAAGUCCUUAAUGAUUACGCAUAUGACAGCACUUUUCCACCCAAUCCCAACGCGCAGGUCUACCUGUACCAGUACUUAAAGAGGCACGAUACUUCAGAGAGGAAACUGAUGAAAGUAUUGAAGAUCCUCCAUGUACUAGUCCCAAGCCAUGAGUUGAUGUUGGAGUACAGCUCUCUCCUGCUUCAGUCAGAGAAAAGAAGUGACAUUCAGAAAGCUUUAGGAGUCGUUUUGGAAAUGCUGGACUUCGCCUGCUGGAGGAGCAACCUGGACACGUGGAAGCGUUUGAAGUCCAUUAUUCAAAAACUACAGUUACAAGAAGACUGGAAGGAUGUUGUCUCUGGACAAAUGGCUGCAAGAAAAGACUGGUGGCCUGCGCUGCACUUCACAAGCUUCCACGCUAGUAAAGACUCUGAGGAGAACCCAGAGCUCAUGGAAGUGAAGGCACCACUGACAAAAAUCCUUUGCCCAGACCUAAUGCUCAAGUACACAGCCUCACAGGUAACCAGCGGAGAGCGAAGUUGAGAGAAGAACUCAGAGAAAAUCAAAUUGUGUCUUCGCGAUUCACAAUCAAGAAAAGAGCUGAGAUGCUGUCGGGCUAAACAACUGAAAACCCCUGGCAAAGGCGUCCUGAUGAAGAGCACGUUUAUUUUUUUUUUUUUUACAUGAAGUUUAUUUCGACAUUUCUUUUGUGUGAAAAUAUAUAUUUUUUUAAAAGGUUCACUGUCAAAAAUGAACCUCCAUAUUUUUUGUUCCUUCAGACCCUAUCUUGGACCCGGUGCAGCGCAGCACAAAGCCCGACGCAAGUAUCUUUGCUAGUUUGAGACCGACGGAGUUGUCAAUUUCGCACGUCGUUUAAACAGAAGAUGCACCUGCGCCCAUCUGUGCGCCCGUGGGCGUGCUGGUCUUUACAGGGAGGUGUGUUCAGGUGCAUUCCUUGUGUAUUGCUAUCUUGAGGCAGCGGAAAGCGAUCGCGCCAUUGACCAACAAAACCCUGGCCUAAAGUCAGUAACGCAGCACUUCAUUGUUAUUUUAAAAGCGUAUUAGUAAAAUGUGCGCACACACUGUGCUUGCUACACACAGGGACGCGCAGCUGCACACAAACAUGCAAAAGAUUUAAAACUGAUUUCAAUGUGAAAUAGUAUUAUGGAGUUUUGGUGGCAUAGUGCUCGUACCGUAUAUGAUCUGCUUGCGCGCUUUCGCUUUCACGCACGAGCAGAUCAGUUUCUUCUCCUGAAAAUCUCUCCUUCGUGCUUAGCAAAUCCGCCAUCAUAA